UUGUCUUCCUAGAAAAUAUAUAAAAAAAAUGUCAAUACAGUGUUAAAGUAAAAGAAUGUUGUGUCCAAUAUCACUAUGGUAACACUUCCAUUCGACAAAAAUUACUCCAAUAUUCAUUGUCAUACCUUCACUUCCACUAGUUGCAAGAAUACGCUUCGACAGUUGUAUUUAUUUAUCUAUAAAAAUAAAUUAAAAAAAAAUUACUUACAAAUAAAUAAGAAAUGGCAAACGAUAGUGGUUGGGUUUUUGAUUCUCUAGUAGGAUUUCUCCAAGGUCCAAUAUGGUCUGCACCUCUUCUGACAUUUAUCGAAGAGAGAUCGCUGAUUUUUGAAACUGACACAGAAGAUAGUGAUGAAUACCGUGAAGCUUAUCAAGAAUACAAAAAUCUCGUUGAUUUAUUGUUAGGCUCUUAUAUGGAAGAUAUGGGCAUCUCACCCGAGCAAUUUGAAUACGCGUGCACAGUUAAUCGACAAACUAAACUACCCAUACAUUUUCAGCAGUCGUUAUUUGAACAAAUUUGGGCAGCUAAUGAAUAUGAAAUAUUUAAAAGAAUGAUGAUUCAGAAGAAUUUAGAGCUUCAGCUUCAAGCAUUGAAUAUGUUGGAACAGAGGUUUGGACUCACUCCAGCAUCUUUAACCUGUGGAACAGAUAAUCUUGGAGAUGAUGAAUUAGUUAUGGAAGAAUUAAUAAACAAACAGAUAGCAGGAAAUAAAGAAGAAGAAGAAGAAGAAGAUAUAGAAAACAAAACUGAUGCUGAUUUUGAAAAAGAACAUGAACGUCUUACUCAUCAGUACCAAAAUGAACGGGCAGCUUUAGAGGAGGCUUUGAGAGCAACUGCAGACAUAUCGACAUCAUCAAUUGAUGAAUCCAACGAGACUGAUGAACAAAGGGAUAAUACCUUAUCUUAUUCAAACGCUGAACCAUUUCCAUUGCUGAAAAAAUUGGAAAAACUUACUCCACUUGGUCCUAUACAGAAAAAAAAGGAAGAAGAAAAUAAAGAGAAGGAAAGAAAUAAAAAAGAAACAGAAUCAGAGACGAAAGAAAAAACUCAAGAAAAUCAAGAUGAUAUUAAGAAGCGAGAAUAUUACUUAAAAGCCCGAAGGGAUAAACUUGUAGCUUUGAAAAAAAAAGCACGGAAUCAACGUUUGGAAAUGAGUAAGGCACGUCCCAGUUCAGCACGAAAUGUUGCUGAGGCAACAAUGAAAGGUAAACAGGAUUUGGAGAACCCACAAGUGCCGGAUUCAUCAAUUCUUCAAGUACGUAAAGCACUUGCAGCUAGACUUAAAGCUGAAGUAGUAGGCCGAUAAUUCUUAUCAGUAAAAUAAACAACAGCAGUAUAAUUGUCAUAUUAAAAUUUUUUUAAACUGCAAAGUUCCAUUGCAUUGAAAGUUAAAAAAAUUAUUUUGCAUCACUGGAAAAGAUUAACUUAUUGAUUGGACAUAAUUAAAAUAUGAUAUUAUAUAAAAAAUGAGAUAAAACAGAAUUGACCUAUUAAUUCUGUAUUAAAUAUUCUUUGAAGACCUUUUAGAUUUAAUCACUUUUAUCAAGAAAUAAGUUAAAUUUACGCAGGAAAAUCUUCAUCGUAUUUGUCAUCACAAAAGGAGUUGGUCAAUAAUAAUUAAUAUACAAUAGGCUCUUAUCUAACAAAGAAUACAAAAAUAUAAAUAUUUUUAUAAAUAAAACUUAUU